CUCCUACCCAGCCCCUUUGGAGAGGGGUUUGCUUGCUACCGACGGGGGGCCCAAGGAGAAGCUGGCGGAGCCCAGGCGGGAGAAGGAGUCCUCGGCACGGCUGAGGGCGGCAUGUGGCGGACGGGGAGGGUCUUCGGGGCCGCGGCGGCAUUUUAUGGGGCGCUGGCGGCUCUCGUGUUGCUCGGUGUCCGGGACGUGCUUUUCCAGUAUGAGGAGAACCGGUGCAGCAUGACCUACAUGUUCGAGUAUCCCGAGUACCUGAAAAUUAAACUACCUAGGAAAAUAUCCAGACGUUAUCCAGCUUAUGAGCUCUAUCUCUAUGGGGAAGGGAGUUAUGCAGAAGAAAACAGAAACCUGAUAUUAACUGGGAUUCCAGUCCUCUUCCUUCCUGGCAAUGCUGGGAGUUACAAACAAGUCCGUUCAUUUGGUUCAAUAGCACUCAGAAAGGCAGAAGACAUUGACUACAAGUACCAUUUUGAUGUCUUCAGUGUCAACUUCAAUGAGGAACUUGUUGCACUUUAUGGUGGAAGUCUACAAAGGCAGACUAGAUUUGUACAUGAAUGUAUUAAAGUAAUUCUUAAAUUGUACAAGGGCCAAGUGUUUGCGCCACGCAGUGUUACAGUAGUAGGUCAUUCCAUGGGUGGUCUUAUUGCAAGAGCUCUACUGACUCUUAAAAAUUUUAAGACAGAACUCCUCAACAUCCUUGUUACUCAAGCCACACCUCAUAUUGCACCUGUAAUGCCUUUAGAUCAAUAUCUUACUGAUUUUUACACAGCUGUAAACCACAACUGGAUUCAGAAAGCUCAAGAAAUAAGGAAUCUAACAACUCUUUCUGUGGCGGGAGGAUUUCGAGAUUAUCAAGUUCGUUCAGGAUUGGCUUUUCUGCCAAAAUUGGAUCAUCAAAGCAGUGCCUUAUCUGUUGUGAGUUCAGCAGUUCCUCGAGUGUGGGCUUCAACAGACCAUCUCUCUGUAGUUUGGUGUAAAGAACUGAUCCUGGCUACUGUCAGAGCAUUUUUAGACCUUAUUGAUGAAAACACUAAACAGAUAACAGAAGAUCCACAUAAGAGAAUGCUUAUCUUGAAUCACCACUUUCUGAGGCAUCCAGCAAAAUUAUUUGAAGAUAUUUCUGAAUCAGUUAUUGAACUAACAGGAUCCUUAACUUGGAUCCAGAUAAAAGCUCCAAAAUGGUCUUAUACAGUACACAAUGAAUCGGAUGGCAAAUACUUUACUUUUCCUCUGUCAAGUCACAGGAAAUCCUACAGUCACGUCUACUGUCAAAGCAGUAUGUUGGACACAAAUAGUUGGAUCUAUGGCUGUAUAAAUGGUACCUCCUCUAUGUGUGUGCAAGCAAUUGACUUGACUUGGCAAGCUGAAUUACUGCCAACAGUUAAGACUGUAACUCUGAAACUGGAAGACUAUCCUUCUUUGACUUACCUUGUACUGCAUGUACCAGCUGUCAGUAGUAAUAAGUUUACUUUGGAUUGUGAAUUCUUUAAUGAAACAUCAAGAACACUGCAACUUCCUGUGACCCAGCUUUUUACUUUUGGGCUUUCUUCAAGCAAAAUCGUAUUAAAUUCUACUGGCCUUAUUCACAAUGUUCAGCUUCAACAUUUUGGUCAGAUAUAUCAAGCUUUUAAGAUCUUUAUAGAGAGCCGCUGCCAAUCACUCAAAGAAAGAAAACCUAAUGUGUACCGACUUCAUAUACCAUGGUCACAUGAAGACUCUUUAACUUUGUCUCAGGUCCCAUCUUCGACUGAGAUUUCUGCAAAACUUCACAUUGCACAGCCUGAAAAUGACACUACUGUUCCACUGUUGACUAUUUAUUCAUCCUCAGAUUGUCAAUAUGAAGUAACUAUCAAGACCUCUUUUCUGCAAGUUCUUGGUCAGGUAAUAAGAUUCUAUGGUGGUGCCCUUCCUGUGUACAUUAUUUCUAAUAUCCUUCUUGCCUAUGGAAGACAGUUAAGGUCCCUAAUUUCAACAGGCCAGUGCUCAGAUUUUGUUCCUGCACUUACUAAAGCAGCCAAACCCUAUAAAGUAGAACCCAUUGUGAAUAUUAUUAAAUUCUUAUUGGGGCUUAACUGGUUCAAAGGAAUCUGGAAUUUAUUAUUCUUGCCAGAGCUGGAUGUGGUAACACUGAGCAACCAGGACUUGUGCUUUCCGUUUAUAUCCCUGAUUCUCUUUAUGUUUGGCACUGGCAUAGCCUAUUGGGGUGGAAUGCUCUUGGAUUCAUCGAUAAGGCUCUCGUCCUUCUUGUACUUAGUUUUGAUCAGGGCUCAAGGCAGCUUACAUCAUUCUCCUCCUCCAUCUUAUCCCCACAACAACAAACCUGUGAGACCCUCUGGACUUUCAUUGGACAACUGUUUGAUUACACGAAGAAGAUUGUGUGUUGCUGCUUUCAUGUUUUUUCUUAGCUGGACCACGUGUGGAGCAUUGGCUAUAAUAAUAACUUAUUUUCAUUACAUAUUCAAGGUUAUUAAAUUAUAUUCAAAUGUCAGAGCAGAAUUAAGUGCCCUUAAUACGUCCCCAAAGACUUUGGAACAAAGUUCACACUAUUCCCAAAAAGAAAUUGGAAAGAACUGUGGAUCAGUGGGUGGCAUUUCAGAGGACAGAACAUCCUCUAGCAGCACCACAGCCAUGGACAGCUUUGCAGACAGUCUUAAGAUGCACACCACAGUCAUCAACUUGCUCACAUGGAUUGUGUUGCUCAGUUGUCCAUCUUUAAUUUAUUGGCUGAAAAAUCUCAGGUACCACAGCAGACUUGAUCCUGAUCCAUAUAGAUCUGUUGCUCUUGUACUCAUAGCCAUUUUGGAGAUACUUAUGAAUACAAGUACCACAAAAGUUAAAUCAAGUAAACUUUUGAAGAUUGCAGUGCACCUUCCACUUCCUUGUUCUGUUGCCGUUGUGGCAUUUGCACCAAUGCAUUUAUAUCGAAUACCGUAUUUUGUAAUCAUUCCCCUUUUUCUUCAUGCAUUAUGCUGUAUUCUGUAAAAUGCGAGUAAUGAACAUUAUGGGUUCAUCAGCAAGAGUAUGGAAGUAUGAACUAAGGAUGAUCUAGAACAAUAUAAUUAUAUGAAAAUAAAUCAUCUACUGUCAAUGGCAGAAGCAAGAACAAUGUUAGGUACAUAAGGUGGGAACAAUGUAAUGGUAAUGGAAAAUGUUUGGAAAAUGUAACGUUUUGUACCUUACUGUUUUGUCUUUUUUAAUAAUUGUGGAAACCUAGUUCUUAAUCUGUGUUUAACAUUGGUGAUGGACACGUCAGCGUGGCUUGCUUGGUACUGAAGCAGUUUUGACUUUAAAAAAAAAUGUUAUAUCCCACAUGCUCACAAGUUCUAAAGCGAGUGCAGCUUACAAAUGACUGAAAACAACCUAUUACAAAACUGAAUACUCCUUAUCCUGUUUCAGCUGGCUGCCAUAGCUUUGUCUUUCCUUGGGUCUGUGUGACUAUCAGCACAAGUUGUAGCUAGAUUAUUGAUGGCAAAUCCAAAGCUAUAAUCCAAAGCCUGCAGAUUUUUCAAAUAAUUGAAGUGGCUCAAUACAUCAACACAUUUAGCAUAACAUUAUUUAGUAAGUACAGUAAGGAGCAGUUCUAUAUAUGCUCAUUGUACUGUUAAAUUGCAAAUUCUGAACCUCAGGGCAGAUUCUCAGGUUACUGUUUCUGUACAGAGAAAUGCAAGCUUGCAUACACUGAAACAUGUAGUAAUUCACAUUAAAUAGCUGCCCAAGUGUAUACUUUGACAAUAAUUGAGUCUAGGAAUAAAAUACCAACAUGAAUUUUCCAGUGUCUGCUUAUAUUCAAGACCAGGAUAUACAUUUGUGCAACUAUUUGAAGGAAAGGAUUUCAGUAAGUCACUUCAGGUUGCAGUAGACACUUGAAUAUCCAGUCCAAGUAUUAAUUUGUUUCUUUAAUGAAAUCCCCUACCAUAAAAGCAAUCUCUCUUCCUCUCAUAAUAAUCACCCACCAUUCCUUCCACCUUUACUGAAUCCAGCUUUGGUUCCCACACAGUAAUGCAAAACUGAAUCCUGGUCAAACCUACUAUAGUGGCAGGAUAAGAUGCUGUCACACAAGGGGCUCCAUAAGGUAACUGAUGGCUGUGUGCUAAAUCACUUAGCAACUCGCUGGUUCAUCAGGAAUCACCUAAAGAGAAAACUAUGCACUUCUGCAUGAACCUUUAAUGUUUUAGCAGUAAAAGUAUACAUUAAAAUGAAGCAUCUCUGUGUACAAACGUUUCAAAGGAUUCUGCCUUCGUAUAGAAGUAUGUGUGUGAUGUCCAAAGACAAAUGUUGCCCCUCUUGUGUCCAACCAUCACUUUAAAAAUAGGAAAUCAUUUGUAAAAAGCAUAGCAGGUUGACCUACCUAUUUAUAGUUGUGUACAUCUCUUAUUUAUUUUCACUGCAUCCAUUGCCUUGAGGCCUAAGCACUGAUCUCACACAAUGGCUCCCUUCCUCCUACUGUUGCAAUCUGGGAAGAGAGUCGUUUCUCUGAACCAAGGUCUGGUACAGAUCUUUGUCCUGGUUUUGUUGAAUUUGUAUUAUUCCCUUCUAAAGUGCCUCAGUUAAUUCUGGCUUAAGUGUAUUAUGUCAUUCAGUUUUCUCUGAUUUACUUGAAAUAUUUUCUUUUUAAAGUAUAAAACUCUACUGCAAAUUUGCUAACAAGCUUAAUUUUAAAGCCUGUUUUUAAACUAUUAAGAGCAUGAUAACUAGAACCAGUAUUUUCAGUUAAACAAUCCAGAGCAGGAUGGGUAGAAGUCAGUCCACCAGUGGCCUUUCUCCUCUGUGGCUCCAUUUAUUGCAGCUAGUAAAAAAAGCAGAGCAGUUUGCCACCAAAAUUAGGUGACACACUGCUAUGGAGUCUUAGGAAUGCCAGAUUUAUCUUGUUCUCUUGAAUCAGCAGCACUGUGGUAGGAGUGUGCCUUGCAGGUUGAUAACUGGAGGCUGAAAAUUAGUUUCCAUACCCCUCAAAGUUGCCUACCCAGUUCUAGAGUUAAACCACUUGUGUGGUUUCAGUACUUUUCCAUAAUUGUUAUCCUGUAAAUGCAAAGCCAAGAAUAAUUCAGCAACAAAUCAAGUGGCUCCUGGGCUUGACAUCCUAUAAAAAUUACAUCCUUGCUUCUCUUACUGGGCAAGCAUUCUUUCUAAUUCUGAGAUCAGUUAAUUGGGUGUACUAACCUGUUUAUGGGAAUAAAAAGCAAUUUCUGUGUGUGCUUGUAUACCGCUAGCUGGAUUAUUUACACCUUUUGCAAGGUGUUUCCCUGAGUGCACUGCUGGGCUCCUUUCCAGUACCUGGCAAUGUAAGGAGAUGCCACAAACCAUACAAGGGCCUUUUUUACAGUCUGACCUUGAAGGGUGUUCCUGUGCCUCUAAAAGCUUCAUGCUAGGAAGGAAUUUGGCAAAUGGUUUUUCUCCUGCCAGAAUGCUACAGCACUUGCAAUGCGAUGGCACUUGCCGAAUGUUCCAGUUUCAUGCAGUUCCUAAGGACAUGCUUCAAAGUCAUAAGCUGGCUACUUAGUAGCAUGCAGCUUGUGUCACAAUGUGGAUAACAGCCUUUUCUUUUAAAGGCCACUGUCAGGGCACAGAAUUGCUUCUGAAUCAGGACUGGCUUUGCUUUGCAACUUUUAACUGCUCUGCAGCUGGGGAAGGACUGAAGCUGCUCCUGCUCCAAGCUGACUGAACCAGGUCAGAAGCCACACAUGCUGAUCCUGAUGAGGGUCUAAAGGCCAGUGUUUAAUUUAUGCCUCUGACAGUCUCUUGCUUUCAGGCUGGGGAGGAUUUGGAAAUGUGCAUAUGUCCAGUUCAAGAACGCUUUUAAGUACAGUUUUGCUGAGUAGCGUAAUUGCUGUACAGAUUACUAGGAAACCAGUACCCAUUUUUAUAUCCAUUUUCAUGUGGGUAUGGAGACAUUAUGGUAAAGCUACAGAUAAGUUUUUACUCGUAUGUGAUGCAAGUGCAUUGAUUGAACUUGUGUCAGAUUCUCAGUAAGUUAACAUAGUUCUAACAUAGUACUUUUAUUAUCCAGUCUGUGUAUUGUUAUACCUGGUUAUGAAACAACACAGUUUUAGUUCUAGACUCUACAUGUGUUUGUGUGGCUUUUACACAUCGGGCCCCUAAAGCUUUUUGCUUUUUUGCACUUUGGAUCCCCUCUCCCUCUUUUGUGUUUUGUUUAGAAUUACACUCUUUCAUAAAGUGAAAACAGUACGAUCCUACCCAUAUUUUCCCAAGAAGGAAAUCCCAUUCUGUUCUAUCAGUAGCUACUCAGUAGUGGUAAUGGGGUUUACUCUGAGGCGAGUGUGUUAAGGCUACCAUCCUGUAUAGCCCAGGGCUCUGGCAUCCAUGAAUACUGUGGUACCUGCAGGACCUGCAGCAGCACCUACCAAGACAGGCACAAAACUGCGCUGCAGGUUAAGCAUUUCAAUAGAGCAAUACCUAAAGAUUCCAUUAUUAGGUAUUCUGUUUAAAUAGAGCAUGAUUAAUUUUGGGCUGGAUCCAGAGCAGCAUGUAUAUCCCGUCUUCCAUCUGCCAGUAUCACCACUGAAUUCACUUUGAGAAAAUCCUUCUUCCAGAACAUAAGUGUUUUUUUAUACAUGGCUAGGUCCAAAAAGCAGUUUGGAGGAUAAGAAUAAGAUCUGCUUAAAGAAGAAAUAGUGGUACUUUGUACCACUUCCCUGUAUCUCCCCCUUGAAUUAUAAAAUCAGUUUAGAAUCAGUGCUGCUUCUUGUGGCUAGGUGUUAUGAACAAACUGAGAACAGUUAGCCACUAAAUAACAUAACACUCCUAAGGUUAAUUCUGUUAAUUCAUGUUCAAUAUAAGAAACCCUUGUUUGGUUUUUGGUACUUGAUUGUCACAUUUAUUUUUAGAAAACAAAACAGUAUAGCCUGAUCCUACAUGAGUUUACACAGUUUUCAUUACCUUAGAAAACCUUGAACUUGGAUGAACUUAUUAGCAACUGUUAAUUUAUCUCUGGAUAUUUUUUUGCCAAUGAAAUAUGCUUGAACAACAAAUGCUUUGGAAAUAUGGGCUUGGGCGGGUGAAGCCUUAACUUUUACAAAUUCUUGGCACUUCUCAAACUGCAUAAUAAAACUUAUUAUUUCAAAGUAUUACUUGAAAUACUUUACCUGGAACAAACCUUACAAGUUAUCUUGUUUAACUAGUGGUACAGUGUUAGCCAGCCCAAUUUGCGGAAUAGCUAAAUUUAUUUACUUUGCUAUAAUGAGAAGGAAGGACUCCCUGGAGAAGAGUCUAAUGCUGGGAACAAUA